GGGUUUAGAACCGGUUGGCAAAGUCAUUCUUAUUCUUUCACAUUGCAACACUCUCUCUCAUCCGCAACUCACUUCUCCUUCUUCCGUCACAACUCGCCGCCGUCCACCGCAGCACCAUCCGUCUUUCCAAUCACCGCCGCCUCCAUCCCUCCCCACCUAACCUAAGUUUCUCUCUUCAUAUACUUAUUCUACCUCUCUUAGCAAUGAGUUUCGGAGCUUGCACAGAACUAUCACAUUUUCUUGCAGUAGCAUCAUUCAAACCUAAUUCUCACAACUGUAAAUGCACCGCCACAAUCAACCACAGUUUUCUCAAUGCAAUCGGAGGUAACAACAGAGCACUUUCAAUGUCCAACUUGAAGAAGAACGAUACCAGAGUUGUUGCUGUUAGAGCUGAAGGUCAAGGUCUGACGUAUAAAGACUCCGGUGUUGACAUUGAUGCUGGUUCUGAGCUUGUUCGAAGAAUUGCAAAGAUGGCUCCCGGGAUUGGUGGCUUCGGUGGUUUAUUCCCCCUUGGUGAUUCAUAUCUCGUUGCUGGUACUGAUGGUGUUGGGACAAAGGUGAUGCUUGCCUUUGAAACUGGCAUUCAUGACACUAUUGGGAUUGAUCUGGUUGCGAUGAGUGUUAACGACAUUGUUACUUCAGGGGCAAAGCCUUUGUUUUUCCUAGAUUACUUUGCUACUGGCCACCUUGAUGUGGAUGUUGCUGAACAGGUUAUAAAAGGAAUUGUUGAUGGUUGUAAGCAAUCUGACUGCGCUCUUCUCGGAGGAGAGACUGCAGAGAUGCCUGGUCUAUACAAAGAAGGUGAAUAUGAUCUUAGUGGUUGUGCAGUUGGGAUUGUAAAGAAAGAUUCCGUUAUCAAUGGAAAAGAUAUUACCGCGGGUGACAUUCUUAUCGGUUUACCAUCAAGUGGAGUUCACUCUAAUGGUUUUUCACUGGUUAGAAGAGUACUUGAGAAAAGUGGUCUUUCAUUGAAAGAUAAACUCCCCGGCGCUAGCACUACAGUUGCAGAAGCUUUAAUGGCUCCAACUAAGAUCUAUGUUAAACAGGUGCUUGACAUAGUCAGCAAAGGAGGGGUAAAGGGAAUUGCUCACAUCACUGGUGGCGGUUUCACAGAUAAUAUUCCUCGAGUUUUUCCAGAAGGUUUUGGUGCUUCUAUAUACAAAGACUCGUGGGAAAUGCCUGCAGUUUUCAAAUGGCUUCAGGAGGCUGGGAAGAUUGAAGAUUCUGAGAUGAUGCGCACUUUUAAUAUGGGCAUUGGGAUGGUCCUUGUAGUCACUCCAGAGGCAGCUAAUAGAAUACUUGAAAACGGAAAUGAUACAGACAAAGCCUACCGCAUAGGUGAAGUUAUCAGCGGAAAUGGUGUGACUUACUGUUAAAUUUAGUUUUAGUUUAAUAACCAUGUUGUACUUUUAAUACUUUCACGGAAAAUUUCAAGUUGAGAUGGAAGAUUUCCAGUUAAUGUUGGUUUAUCCGGGCCUCAACAGUUUUCCGUACAUAAAUGUUAUGAGACCAGCAAGCAACAAUUUUGUGUAUUCGGUGGUAGUUGAGUUAUUAGUGAAAAUUCUUGAAAUGAUGAGAACUGUGAUACCCUCACAUUUUAUAUUGGUACAUUUCCUUCUCAAUUGCAAGUUAUAAA